AUGAAGAAAAUCGUGACGGAUCCCUUUUUCGAAGUCGUUAUUACGUUUUGCAUCCUGGCGAAUACCUUCUUCAUGACUCUGGAAAAAUAUCCGAAGGAAAACUAUCCUGAGCGUGAGCCGCUUCUCGACAAAGCGAACAAAGUCUUCACGAUUAUCUUUAUCGUAGAAAUGGUGUUGAAGAUCAUUGGACUGACGCCACAUCUGUACUUCAAAGAACAGUGGAAUAUUUUCGAUUCCGUCGUCAUCAUGUUUUCAAUUCUUGAGCUGGCCUUGAGCACGUUAGCGACAAAUCUGGCUGUGCUCCGAGCCUUCCGGUUGUUGAGAAUUCUCAAGCUGGCGAAAUCAUGGCCGACGCUGAACAAACUGAUCAGGAUCAUUGGGCGGUCUUUAGGCAACCUCGGUCAUUUAUCCUUCGUCCUGUUUAUUGUGCUCUUCAUCUUCGCCGUCAUUGGAAUGCAGCUCUUCCGUGCCGACUACCUCAAACACUUCAACGACGGAAUGGAAGUCAACGAGACGACAAAGAUCCAUCUUCCACGAUGGCACUUUAUCGAUUUCCCUCACGCUUUUUUAAUCGUUUUUCGAAUUCAAUGCGGAGAAUGGGUGGAAAGCAUGUUCGAAUGCAUGAAGGUCUCGAAGCCAAAAAUCUGCAUUCCAAUCUUCAUCACCGUUUUCGUCAUCGGCAACCUCGUUAUUCUCAAUCUUUUCUUAGCUUUGCUACUGAACUCGUUCAGUGGAGAUGUUCUCCAGCAAACAGAAGCUAGCAGUAAUGCUUUCGCCUUAGCUGGAGAGAGAAUUCAAAGAUGCAUCGUCCACGUCGCCAAGAAAAUCCCAGUUUGUCUCGGAAGCUGUCAGCAAUUUGCCCUUGCUCAGUGGAAGAAACACUUCGCGGUAACAACAAUAAAAGAGCCGACAAAUCCCUGGGAUGAUGAAUUUAUCCCAAUUAAAGCAGGCGUGUGCGGCGUCUCAGACGCGUUUUCUAGAAGCCCCAGUCUGUCAAAAGCUUAUAUUCACACGCUUGUUCUGCCUAAUGAAGCCUCAAAUGGAACCUCGCCAAACAAAUCACUGAAUAAUCUCUCUAAUCCCGACGCUCAAUAUCUCCAGCAGCAACAAGAAAUUCAAUCGACGGAAAACGCGGCUUUGCUGGAAGGAAAGCAAUACAACCCAGAAGAAUGCCUCCCAAAACUCACGCCAUAUUUGAACAAGUACAUCGACCCAGAGUCGCACUUUUCUCAGCAGUGCAUGAAGAUCCGAAUCAAUUGCUACAAAAUCGUUGAGCAUCGUAUUUACGAAACCAUUCUCAUCUUCACCAUUUUGCUCUCUUCGAUCGCUCUGGUCUUCGAAGACAUAAAACUCAACGACCAACGAAGCUCAUUGAAAGUCGUGCUUUACUGGGCAGAUGUCUUUUUCUGCAUAUUUUUCAGCAUUGAAAUGAUAAUGAAGGUGAUUGCUUAUGGUCUGCGAAAAUACUUCACGAACUGGUGGUGCUGCUUAGAUUUCUUCAUCGUGACCGUCUCGGUCAUUUCGAUCUACUAUUCUCCCCUUCCUCAUUCAAAAGUGACGAAUUCAACUACAAGCUCGCUGUCAGUUCUUCGAGUUCUAAGAACGAUGCGUGCUCUGAGACCCCUGAGAGCUCUCUCGAGAUUCCAGGGAAUGAGAGUCGUUGUUGAUGCCCUUAUGAAAGCGAUCCCUUCGAUUAUGAAUGUCUUCCUUGUUUGCGUUAUUUUCUGGCUUAUCUUUUCAAUCCUUGGCGUGAACCUUUUUGGUGGGAAAUUUUCGCGAUGCGUGGAUUUGAAAACUUCACAGAUUCUUCCUGCUAAAUGCCCGCUGCUCAGAGGUAUCAAUGGAUCAGUGUCGGAAGCAGAUAAAUUGAGAUGCAAAGACAGAAAAGAUCCCAUGUUCGCCGAGUGGGCUGCGGACAAACAUCAUUGCUUGUACAUAAAAGAAUGGUUUAAUGACACUGAGAAGAAUGAAUCAAAGUAUGAUUGGGAAACACCACCGGUGAAUUUUGAUGAUGUUUGGAAUGGAUAUUUGGCUCUUUUACAAGGAAAGGCUUAA